AUGCUCAUUGAGUUUUAUUUUCCAGCAGCAGUCUGUCCGAGACGACCACAGACAUCAUCUGUGUCUGUCCGAGACGACCACAGACAUCAUCUGUGUGUGUCCGAGACGACCACAGACAUCAUCUGUGUGUGUCCGAGACGACCACAGACAUCAUCUGUGUCUGUCCGAGACGACCACAGACAUCAUCUGUGUCUGUCCGAGACGACCACAGACAUCAUCUGUGUCUGUCCGAGACGACCACAGACAUCAUCUGUGUGUGUCCGAGACGACCACAGACUCAUCUGUGUGUGUCCGAGACGACCACAGACAUCAUCUGUGUGUGUCCGAGACGACCACAGACAUCAUCUGUGUGUGUCCGAGACGACCACAGACAUCAUCUGUGUGUGUCCGAGACGACCACAGACAUCAUCUGUGUGUGUCCGAGACGACCACAGACAUCAUCUGUGUCUGUCCGAGACGACCACAGACAUCAUCUGUGUCUGUCCGAGACGACCACAGACAUCAUCUGUGUCUGUCCGAGACGACCACAGACAUCAUCUGUGUGUGUCCGAGACGACCACAGACAUCAUCUGUGUGUGUCCGAGACGACCACAGACAUCAUCUGUGUGUGUCCGAGACGACCACAGACAUCAUCUGUGUGUGUCCGAGACGACCACAGACAUCAUCUGUGUGUGUCCGAGACGACCACAGACAUCAUCUGUGUGUGUCCGAGACGACCACAGACAUCAUCUGUGUCUGUCCGAGACGACCACAGACAUCAUCUGUGUCUGUCCGAGACGACCACAGACAUCAUCUGUGUGUGUCCGAGACGACCACAGACAUCAUCUGUGUGUGUCCGAGACGACCACAGACAUCAUCUGUGUGUGUCCGAGACGACCACAGACAUCAUCUGUGUGUGUCCGAGACGACCACAGACAUCAUCUGUGUCUGUCCGAGACGACCACAGACAUCAUCUGUGUGUGUCCGAGACGACCACAGACAUCAUCUGUGUGUGUCCGAGACGACCACAGACAUCAUCUGUGUGUGUCCGAGACGACCACAGACAUCAUCUGUGUGUGUCCGAGACGACCACAGACAUCAUCUGUGUGUGUCCGAGACGACCACAGACAUCAUCUGUGUGUGUCCGAGACGACCACAGACAUCAUCUGUGUGUGUCCGAGACGACCACAGACAUCAUCUGUGUCUGUCCGAGACGACCACAGACAUCAUCUGUGUCUGUCCGAGACGACCACAGACAUCAUCUGUGUCUGUCCGAGACGACCACAGACAUCAUCUGUGUCUGUCCGAGACGACCACAGACAUCAUCUGUGUCUGUCCGAGACGACCACAGACAUCAUCUGUGUGUGUCCGAGACGACCACAGACAUCAUCUGUGUGUGUCCGAGACGACCACAGACAUCAUCUGUGUCUGUCCGAGACGACCACAGACAUCAUCUGUGUGUGUCCGAGACGACCACAGACAUCAUCUGUGUCUGUCCGAGACGACCACAGACAUCAUCUGUGUGUGUCCGAGACGACCACAGACAUCAUCUGUGUCUGUCCGAGACGACCACAGACAUCAUCUGUGUGUGUCCGAGACGACCACAGACAUCAUCUGUGUCUGUCCGAGACGACCACAGACAUCAUCUGUGUGUGUCCGAGACGACCACAGACAUCAUCUGUGUCUGUCCGAGACGACCACAGACAUCAUCUGUGUGUGUCCGAGACGACCACAGACAUCAUCUGUGUCUGUCCGAGACGACCACAGACAUCAUCUGUGUCUGUCCGAGACGACCACAGACAUCUGUGUCUGUCCGAGACGACCACAGACAUCUGUUUGUGUAUUUGUGGGAUAUGA